AUGGCCAGUUCUCAGAGUGCGGUCCUCGCCGCCCCGCGAACCAGCCAAGAGGCCGCGCCGCUCCUACUUCCCCGCCCCUCCUCCUACUCCUACUCCUCUCAGGACCACCACCACCCCCACGAGGACACCAGCCUUACCAACCCCCCACGGCAGCUACUGCGCAUCGCCAUCCCCUUCUUCUUUAUCCUCACGGCUGUCGAGUUUGCCGCCGCGCUGUGCGCCGCCGGCGUGGCCGCGCUGGUAGAGGGCUCGCUGUGCCGCACCGCGUUCCCGGACCUCGCUACGGAUCCGUACGGCGAUGCGCGCUGCAAGCACGAGGCCGUGCAGGCGGAUCUGGCGUGGAUCAUUGGCAUGGAGAAUACAAUCUCCGUCGUGCCGGGCCUGCUCAUGUCGAUACCCUACGGCAUCAUUGCGGACAAGUACGGGCCCAAUAUCGUGCUGGGCCUCGUCUGGGCGGGCCAGUUUCUGUCUGAAGGCGGCCAUCUCCUCGUCUGCCUCAACCCGCAACUCUUCAACGUCCGCUGGAUAUACGCCUCUUCGUGCAUGACGCUCAUUGGCGGCGGCGGCGCCACGUACAGCGCCAUGCGCUUCCUCGUCGGCGCCAGUCUCGUCAGCGAGAAGAACCGAACCACCCUCUUCUUCUACAUGCAGGCGUACAGCACAUUCAUCGGCUUCUUCACCGGCCCCGCCGUCUACUUCAUCAUGAGCCGCGGCGGGCCCGUCGCCGCUCAGGGCGUCGGCGUGCUACUCCUCGGACUAAUGAUGAUUCCCGGCUUCGCCAUGCCGCGCAAGCUACCCAACACGCCCCUCGUCGCCUCUUCCUCCUCCUCCACCACCAUCACCAUCAAAGCCCGCGCCGUCGACGUCCUCGCCAGCACCGCCUCCACGCUCCGUCUCGUCUUUGGCCACAGCCUGCCCCUCACUCUCCUCCUCUCCGGCGUCGUCUUCACCACGCUCGGCGCCUACGAGACCACCUUUCGGCUGCAGUACGCCACGAAGCGCUUCGGCUGGACGUGGGCCGAGGCCGGGCUCCUGUCGUCCGUCGUCUCCGUCGCCAACCUCGCCACGCUCGUCGUCGUGCUGCCGGCGCUCAGCUGGGUGAUGCUGCGCCGCGAGGCCGUGUCGUCGGUCCUGGAAAAGGACUUGUGGCUUGCGCGCGGCAGCGGCUGCGUCCAGGUCCUCGGGAGCUUCCUGACGGCGCUCGCGCCGACGGGGCCCGCCUUUGUCGCCGCCAUUGCGCUCUACGAGUGUAAUCGCGGGUACAUGCCGUCCAUGGUCAGCGUCAUCGUGUCGGUCGCUGAGCGCGCCGGCAUCGCCCAGCAGACCACCGUCUACGCAUGCGUCUCGACCAUGAGCGCCACGGGGGCCAUGCUGGCUGGUCCUGUCAUGGCGAGUGCGUUCCGCAUCGGUCUGCAAUGGGGCCAGUCGUGGUACGGGUUGCCCUUUCUGGCGGCUGGGCUGUUGCAGCUCUUUACAUUACUCAUUCUUAUAUACGUGCGGCAAAAGUAA